GAAGUACACAACUCGAGCUCUUGUCUAUAAUAGCAUGUUUUAAGUGGUCGUGGUCAAAUAGUUGAUUUUAUAAAUGUAUGUAAUAACUAGGUUAUAUAAAACACUUUAAUCAUGUUUGUCAGGUGUUCUGAGAUCUCGUGAUUGAGUCUUGUAAUAUGGAGGAUCUGGCUGUGUUGGACUUGUUGGAGUGUCCUUUGUGUAUGGAGCACUUAGACGUGUCUGCCAAGGUCUUACCAUGCCAGCACACGUUCAGUAAGCCAUGCCUUCAACAGCAUGAAGCAUCAUACCCUCAUCAGAUGUGCUGCCCAGAGUUCAGAGCUCCUGUUCCAGGAUCAGUGGAGGAGCUCCCCAGCAACCUGCUGCUUGUGAGGUUGCUAGAAAGCCUCCACGAGCUGGAGCGGGGUCCGCUGGGUACACCGAGGGACAGAUUAGGGAAAUAUAUGUGCUCUACGGAUCAGGAGGACAUUUUAAGCAGUUACAUUCAAGAUCUGCAACUUCAGCUGCCCAGACAAGGGCAAAACACACAGGGGCCAAAUUCAGCGGCACACAAGCUUCUAGAAAAAUGCAAAAGGAGGGACUCUGUGGAAUCACACCCACAGAGCGGCACUAAGGUUAACACGGAUGCUAUCGCCCAUAGGCAGCUCUCUGGCACAUCUACUAAGCCAGCCAGGCCUCCAAAUACCAGUCUCCUCAACAGCCCGAACUACCCUCCUCUCAGCCAGAGCCUGCGGCCAGCUCUUAUCAGCUCCAACGCACACUCUGCCUACAGCAAGACGCCACAACUUGCAACAUUCAACAGACCACGUUCGAGGAGCUCUCACAAAAGCUUGCCUAAGCAAAGGAAUCGAAAAAUGAAUGGUGAAAGUCCGCCAACCAUCACCAUGGCACUGAUUAACACUCAGGCGCCCCCCUUACCCUCAGAGAGCAAGAUGUCUACAACCCAACAGCUCUCCAUCAGUGUGUGUGCAGCGCUGUAUUCCUAUACACCCCAUCGCUCAGAGGAGCUGGAACUGAGGAAAGGUGAAAUGGUGGGGGUUUAUGGGAAGUUUAAAGAGGGCUGGCUGCGUGGACUGUCUCUCAGAACAGGCAAAGUAGGCAUCCUGCCAGCCAACUAUGUCACACCUGUGCUCAGAACUUCUGCAAGAUUUCAUGAACAAACCAAACCUGCCAUUCAUAGCACAAGCACUUUAUCAACAAAAAGACACACCCAACACAAGCCCCAGGCUGUUGUCCUGGCCCUAGACCGAGUAAACGCCGACGCCCCUUCAGCUACAAUGCCCAUGAUGUCAUCUGCCGGGCCUGGAAGAGCACCGCAGCAGGGCUGGAAGCAGGGAAGGGGCACAGUGAGACACACCCUGCAUGCUUCACACAGGGGGUUGCCUCUCAAUGGAAGCUACAGUUCAAGUUCCACCUUCAGCAUUCAUCCUCCUCCUCAGGAUUUGGGGCUGAUCUAUACUUUCGGUCGCUCACCUGUUCUGCCCAAAAAGAGAAAUGGUUUAUUCUCAAACCCCAUCCAGACCCAAUAUCGCACAUAUGAAACCUCAGCACCCUCUACUGGUGGAUAUCAAACAGUAAACAGGGACCCUGCCCUGAAAGAGGCCAGCACAACUCCUCCGUCCAUUCUGGUUAAACCAGAUGCUCAUAAGCACAAUGCAGAGAAGGCAUUUAAGUCAGUACGGUUCCUGACUCAGGACGAGCCUCAGACAACAAAAAUGGCACCCCCCGCAUCUGCAGGACAUCUCGCCACCAGUUCCCAGCCUGGUCUCUCAUCCUUGGACCACUGGAACCCAUCAGCCAUCUUGGGUCGCGAUGGAAGUUCCUUAGUACUUAAAGACACAAAAACACCUCUACCCAGAAGGAGUACAGGACAAGAUCAUGCCACUAUUGACUGCCUCUCACUAAAUAUGAAACCAGUGCUGAUCAACAACCAGUUCAGUCCUAAUAGACACAGGGUGCUAAAGGGGUAUAACGCUAAGACAGAUGCAGAACUCACACUGACGGAAGGCGAAAUAGUGGUUGUUCAAAGGCCACGACCGGAUGGAAGGCUUCUCGUGACCCAAGAGAUCAGUGGAAAAACAGGCCUUUUACACAGCAGCAUUCUGGACAUUCUGGAUAGGGUCCUUUGAGUGUGCCACAUUUUUCUUUCUGUUGUGAACGUGUUAUUGUGUACAUGUCCAGUGCUGUGUUUAGUCACACAAUGUUGAGCUAUUAUGUAAUAAACCAAAAUCAAAUGCAAUAAGCUGUGUACUUGUAGGUUAUAAUUGUACUCCUAAGUAUUGCAGUGUAUAACAGAUAAAAACUUUUGUGCACACCUACACAAAAACUAGAGUUUGAUCAAGGUUUUCCAUCAGCAUUAGUCAGCUCUGACAGAUGACUGUGCCUUUUUGUAUGUGGAAUCACUUUUUGAAUGGGGUGAGAGUUGAGGAGGAGAUAAUUGAAAAUGAUGUAUCCAUGACUGUUGGGUAAAUGAAGGCCUAAUGAUGACAUGAAGUACUCAAGGUGGUCUUAUUCACACAAAAUCCUGUUGUAUCUAUACAGUAAUAGUGGAAUUGUUUUGUUGUGUUAAACCUCAACAGGUCCAUACUGAAAAUGAAAUUCAGCAAAAUGUGUGUGUUCAAUCCUUGCUAUUUUAGUGUCUUUUGUUUUAUUAUUUGGGGAGAAUUAUUAUUAAUAAACAGAUGACAUUCAGGAAUAAAGUACUGAAAAAUGUCAGUAUGUUCUCCUGAUUUGAUAUGGGCUUUUUAGCAUUUA